AUGUAUAUGACCGCCUCCCCAGCCUGGGACGGCUGCUGCUUCGACUGCGCCGCGCCGUGCGCCGAGGAUCCGUGGGCUUCCGUGAACCACGCUGUGCGCCUCUGCAUCCGCUGCGCCGGCGCGCACAGAGCGCUCGGCGUCCACAUCUCCUUUGUGCGUUCGCUGCAGCUCGACGAGCUCUCCGCCGCCGAGAUGGCCACCAUGGCGCGCGGCGGCAACGACCGCUGCCGCGAGUUUCUCGAAGCGAAGGGCGUGCCUCGUCGUGUGUGGCUGGCGCUCGCGCUCCCUCUACGCUACCAGACGCCGGCGGCCGACCUGUACCGGCGGGUGCUUGCUGCAGAGGCGGCCGGCGAGGAGGUGCCCACAGAGAUGCGCGCCGUGGCGCUGCCGCCGCCGCCGGUGGCGCCGGCGCCGGAGCGACGCGCCUCCUGGACGCCCGACCGGGAGGCGGCCUCGUGCGAGCUCUGCCGCCAGUCCUUUUGGCUGCUGCAGCGGCGGCACCACUGCCGGCGCUGCGGCCGGUGCGUGUGCGGCGCCUGCUCGCCUCCAGAGUCGGCGCGGCCGCUGCCGCAGCGGGGGCACCUGCAGCCGGUGCGCCACUGCAUCCUGUGCGUGCCCAAGCCGGCGCGCCCCAUCGCCGGCAUCGGCUAG